CCGGCCAGCGGCAGAGGGGAUGUUUCUACUAACCCAAACUUUCUAGAAACUCAGUCAACAGAAACACUGACUGACAAAGUGUCGCAACUCGCCUCACGCCUGCUUUAAUGAAACUUUAACUACUUUAUGUCUUUGUUUUGUUUUUGUUUUUUUCUUUUUGUUAUUGUUGUUGGGGUUUUUUAAAUUUUUUUUUUUUAAAUAACAGAGGCAACAGUCUGCACAUCCACUUUGAUAACUUUUGAAUGAGCCGGGUCCCGCUUGCGUAGAGUUUUUUCCCCCCGAUUUUUUUCUUUAUUUUUAAUUUCACGUUGGGAUAAAGUUUUGAAAAAAGAGCUUAAAUAAGACUCGUGAUGGCUGUCCUGUCACUAGCGUUGCUUCUUGUAGGAUUUAUAGUGACUUCAGCUGACAAGGCUGGCGAAAAAGACAGAAAGGAGGACCAGCUAACCAGCAGGCUGAAGGAAUACGGCCUGGUCACUCCCUUCAGCACCGACUCUCACGGACAUUACCUGUCACAUCUGCUGUCUGCCACUCACAAGCAGCGUGUAAAGAGGGAGAUUUUUUCUACCAGUGAAUCUGAACAAAAACUUUUCUUCAAUAUCACCGCCUUCGGUAAAGAGUUCCACCUCCGCCUGCAGCCAAACAACAAGCUGGUGGCGCCGGGUGCUAUGGUGGAGUGGCACGACGAGGUCCAAGGCUUUGGCAAUGUCAGCGACAGCAUGGGUGACGACACCGGUUUGGACGCCAACCAGACUGAACCAAUCGGCAUGACGGAGAGGAUACUGCGCCGUGAGCUGUUAAAGACGGACUGCACCUUUAUCGGUGACAUCACAGACGUCCCUGGGGCCUCGGUUGCCAUUAACAACUGUGACGGAUUGGCUGGGAUGAUCCGCACUGACUCGGACGAGUAUUUCAUUGAGCCGCUGGAGAGAGGCACCCAGGAGCUGGAGGACCAGGGCAGAGUCCAUGUGGUUUACCGCAGGUCGGCUGUGCUUAAGGCCCCCUCCGAUAUCUCUGUGGACUACCAGCAACUAGAUCCAGAGCUGGAUUUUCCCGGGGUUCUCGACUCUGUAGCCAAGCAGGUCAACGAGACAGUCCGCCGCCGCCGUCGCCGUGAUGCUGGGGAGGACGACUACAACAUCGAAAUCCUGCUGGGAGUUGAUGACUCGGUGGUUCGAUUUCACGGAAAGGAGCAUGUGCAGAACUACCUCCUCACUCUCAUGAAUAUCGUGAAUGAGAUUUACCACGAUGAGUCGCUGGGUGUCCACAUCAACGUGGUCCUGGUGAGGAUGAUCAUGCUGGGGUAUGCCAAGUCCAUCAGCCUCAUUGAAAGGGGCAACCCAUCACGGAGCCUGGAGAAUGUGUGCCGCUGGGCAUUUGUGCAGCAGAAAGGCGACCCUGAUCAUGCUGAACACCACGACCACGCAAUUUUCCUCACUCGCCAAGGCUUUGGCCCCACAGGGAUGCAGGGUUAUGCUCCAGUCACAGGAAUGUGCCACCCAGUCAGGAGCUGCACCCUCAACCACGAAGACGGCUUCUCCUCAGCCUUUGUUGUGGCUCACGAGACCGGACAUGUGUUGGGCAUGGAGCACGACGGUCAAGGCAACCGCUGCGGGGACGAAACAGCGAUGGGAAGCGUGAUGGCUCCUCUGGUGCAGGCGGCCUUCCACCGAUACCACUGGUCCAUGUGCAGCGGACAGGAGCUGAAGAGAUACAUCCACACAUAUGACUGUCUCCUGGAUGACCCCUUCAAACACGACUGGCCGCAACUUCCUGAACUCCCUGGCAUCAACUACUCGAUGGACGAGCAGUGUCGAUUUGACUUUGGAGUUGGUUAUAAGAUCUGCACUUCAUUUCGUACAUUUGACCCGUGUAAACAGCUCUGGUGCAGUCACCCGGACAACCCUUACUUCUGCAAAACCAAGAAGGGUCCACCUCUCGACGGAACUGAAUGUGCUCCCGGAAAAUGGUGCUACAAAGGUCACUGCAUGUGGAAGAACCCAAAUCAGGUCAAGCAAGACGGCUCGUGGGGCUCCUGGAGCAAAUUUGGCUCCUGCUCUCGCUCUUGUGGAACUGGAGUUCGCUUCCGGACACGUCAGUGCAACAACCCGGCGCCCUCCAACGGCGGCCAGGACUGCCCAGGAGUAAACUACGAGUAUCAGCUGUGCAACACUGAUGACUGCCCCAAGCACUUCGAGGAUUUCCGAGCCCAGCAGUGCCAGCUCCGCAACUCACACUUUGAGUUUCAAAAUGCCAAACACCACUGGCUGCCCUAUGAGCAUCCUGAUGCCAACAAGAGAUGCCAUUUGUACUGCCAGUCAAAGGAGACAGGAGACGUGGCGUACAUGAAGCAGCUGGUGCAUGACGGGACACGUUGCUCCUAUAAGAAUGCCUACGAUAUCUGCGUGCGUGGAGAGUGUGUGAAAGUUGGCUGCGACAGAGAAAUCGGCUCCAACAAAGUGGAGGACAAAUGUGGCGUUUGUGGUGGGGACAACUCCCACUGCCGCACCGUUAAAGGAACCUUCACCCGAACACCAAAGAAAGCUGGUUACCUUAAGAUGUUUCUCAUUCCUCCUGGAGCUAGACAUGUGAUCAUCCAAGAACAUGAGGCCUUCCCUCAAAUUCUUGCGAUCAAGAACCAGGCAACAGGGCAUUACAUUCUCAACGGGAAAGGAGAGGAAGUCAAGUCCAGAAGCUUCAUCGACUUGGGCGUGGAGUGGCACUACAUCAUCGAGGACGACGUGGAGACUCUGCACACUGAUGGGCCUCUGCAUGACCCCGUGGUGGUCCUGAUUAUACCCAAGGACAAUGAGACACGAUCUACUCUAAUGUACAAGUACAUCAUCCAUGAAGAUUCAGUGCCUGUCAACAACAACAAUGUCCUCCAGGAGGACACAUAUGAGUGGGCUCUGAAGAGCUGGUCUCCAUGUUCCAAGCCUUGUGCCGGAGGGUUUCAAUACACCAAAUACGGAUGCCGAAAGAAGGGCGACACCAAGAUGGUCCAUCGAGGCUACUGCGACGCCAGCAAGAAACCAAAACCCAUCCGCAGAAUGUGUAACCUUCAAGACUGCACACAACCUCAAUGGACCUCAGAGGAAUGGGAGCAUUGUACCAAAACCUGCGGCAGCCUGGGCUUUCAGAUCCGGACGGUUCGUUGCGUGCAAUUUCUCCACGACAGCACCAACCGCUCCGUCCACAGCAAAUACUGCAGCGGAGAGAAGCCGGAGACCCGGAGGCCCUGUAACAGAGUCCCUUGUCCUUCUCAGUGGCGGACUGGAGCCUGGUCAGAGUGCUCUGUGACCUGUGGUGAGGGGAUGGAGAGGCGUCUGGUCACUUGUCGGAUCGGAGACCAGUGUAAUGGAGAAAAACCUGAAACUGUGAGACCAUGCAGACCAGGACCCUGUCAUGAUGAGCCAUGUAAUGGAGACAAGUCCAUCUUCUGCCAAAUGGAGGUCCUAGCACGUUACUGCUCUAUUCCAGGCUACAACAAACUGUGCUGCGACUCCUGCCACAAGCGCAGCGGAGCGUUGUCUCUGUUCUCCGAGGCGGCAGAGACGGAGGAGCAUGUCCGCUUUGGAUCAGCCUCCCAGUUGCUAGAGACAUUAACAGCCUCUGUAGCAGCCAAUAGCACUCGCAGUGGUAAACAAGGCUCAGGCAAAGGAUCUGCCCCAUCAGGCAACGCUGCAAAACACAUCACCACCCCUGCCCCACUGAAGAAAACCCCAUCAAAGAUCACAACGGCACCAAGGCGGGUUCCACGGCAUAUGGGACUCACUGGCAGGAAGCUGCCCAUCAUGGCACCAUCUCCUCUGGCUGAUUCUACUGAUGGUCAAAGAUCGAGCAGCUUCACAGAUAGUCGGUGGCCCAGAGCACACUCUGAAGUGGAGCGAUGAAAGUGAUGCCUUCCUCUUCAGGACUCUAAAUGUACAGUAGAUAUCCAUCUUCAUCCUGAGUCUUCUCAUGCCAGAAACACCACAGAGAGAGAAACAGAGAGAAAGAAAGAAAGAAAAGUGCUGGUUCACUUUGUUUUUAACCCCCCCCCGCCUCUCCCAACACACUGAUUUUAAAUAUGACUUCAUCAUCUCACAGUGAGUCCCAGAGUAAUUGGAUUGUAUUAAUUUACUUUCAUACUUUAUAUUUAGAAGAGGUACAGGAGCACUCAGUCUGAAGGGAAUUUUCAUCCGUGUCAGAUGAAAAGAUAAAGGAAACACAGCUUUGUUAGUUCAUAGUUAAUCAUUUCAGGGACACAAAAUAGCCAAAAGACAGAUAAAUAUUUAAUAGACUUAGCAUGAAUCCAGAAACUGAAACAAAAUUUUAACAUCUCAAAGGAUAUUAGGAAGAAACGGUUGCCUGAUCACGACCCUGAGUCAUGAAUCUUUAACCGUAAGAGUCUCAAAAUGUUCUUUGAUGUCGCCUACUAUGUCACAACUUAGGUGACAGGUGCAGGAAGGUGUCUGCAUUUUCGUUCUGAUUGGUCUCGUUAUUCAAUGAAUCAGGCCUCCGGUGUCUGCAAGAGUGUGCAGCAGAUCCUCCGGCAAACGCUCGACAGACACCGAGAGGGAAAUUGCUAACAGGUGCAGUCAUUGCAGCUAAUUCAGUUUGUAGAAAUAUAUGCAGACUGCAUGAAUAGGACUCAUGUCAAACAGAUAUAAAUACCAGCACUUGUCAUAUAAAAAAAAGCAUGAAGUUUGCUUUUAUAAAGAUCCAAAAACGGAUCAUCUGAUACAGCUGAAAAUCCCCUUUUACAGUUCAGUUUUACAAGCUACCAAUUUUCUUGGAAAAUUUAACUAUGGAGCAUGAUGUAUAGAAAAUACAACUGCCUCAAUCACCUCACUUUAAGUGCAUAUGGAAAGUGACCAGAGAUAUAACAGUGAAAACUAUUGGCAAAAUGGUGCUAGUUGUAUAGAUUUGUUUUUAUAUUCAGCAAUGUCUGUUUAGUGGCACUCUACAAUUUCUAUGGAAAUGGGUAUUUAUAAAAGGUUCAUGUAAAUACUGUACAUGAAAAUAUCAGUAUUAUUUUAAGAAGCUGAGGAUACUUUCAAACACCCUUUUUAAUCAAUUCGCAGAACAUUCAUUCAAAUGUUUACCUUUCCAGUAGCUGUGUUGUUAAUAUCACUAUGAAUAUUAUUCCGCUCUAAAUGAUGCUGCAAACUUCUCUUGAGCAGUUUAUCUUACUGUCGAUUGGAUAUUUAAAAGGAAUAGUUCAACAUUUUUGGGAAAUGUGUUUAUUUGCUACAGUAAAUAUGAAGCUACGUUUAGCUUAGCUUUGCAAAAAAAAGACUGCUAAUAGGAGGAACAGCUAGCCUGGCUCUAUCCAAGGGUAAAACAAGUCUACCUACCGGCACCUCUUAAGCUCACUAAUUAAGACAUUACACUCUUAGACAGAGCCAGACUUUCAUAUAAGAAAUCAAAUAAGCCUUUUUCCCAGAAUAUUGAACUAUCGCUUUACUUCAUCCCAGCCUUUACCUUUUUCUAAAUCAUAAGUUUGAAUGGUGCUACCCCUCGAUCUUUUCGAUUCACUGUGUCGCCCUCCUUGUGAACGUUUUUUGCUUAGAAAGGUUGAAGUUGUUGUUUGGUCAAAGAAGGGAACUUAAGUAGGGAACAUAUUAUUUGUCAAGUGUUCUCAUUGCUGUAUGUUGUACACAGCAGACUCUUGUUCAGCUUUUAACGGACUAAAAAAGGAAGUGAAAUUUUUACAAUGCAACUGAAAUAUGCCAUGAAAUUUCUACAUUGAUGUGACUGUGAAAGACACAAACACUCAUCCUGACAUGCUGUUUGAUGUUGGAUUUGCAGGCAUUUUUAUGUAGUUACACCUAAAGCUGCAUUAAGCGAUUUUUUGACCACUACAGGGGCAGACUGACUCCAAGACACUCACAGAAACACAACCCUAAUAUAGCUAUUCACAUGUUAGGAGCUAGUGGCUAACCUGUAUAUAAGCUGACACAGAGCAACAUGAACAUCCCAUUGCAUCAUGUUUCUGUCCAUCUGAUGAAUUAAAGUUCAAUAUUUACUCUCCUUUUAGCUCUGGUUUGGUCUCCACCAACUCUGAGAAAAAUACCUGGCUUUUUAGCUGCAAGAUGUUCCACUUUCGUCAGCAGCUGGUCACUUGUUUCAGCUCUUAGCUAAUGAUGCUGGGCAGGUAGCGCACACACAGAGCUAUAUGAUGUUUCACAAAAGUGAAACCAAUGUGCUAAAAUCUGUCCAGAGCUGCAGAGAUGUGUGUUAAUUCUGAGUGGGUACAGCACUGCGGGCAACCCUUUCACAUUACAAUGAGUCAUUUGAUUACAUUUUAAUGUCAAAAAUCUCGCUUAAUGGAGCUUUAAUCUCAUUACACCUCUUCACAUUCAGUCUGAACAAGGUUCUAGUGUACAUUUUGUGUUUGCAGGAACAAAGCCUUAUUGUAAGCACAAGAAGUUGGACUUUCAAAAGAGUUUUACUGUAUGUGGAACAUAUUGUUUUUUCCAAAGUAUUUUCUACAGUAAAUGGCUUUUUUAAUGGCAGAAGAAGGUUCUGGAGAGAGAAAGCUAUUUAUUAAAAAAAAAAAGGAUUUCCUCACAACCACAAUGCAUCUGACUGCAAUAGCAAAGACACAGUUUUGUGUUUUCAGCAAAGAAAUAGCUCGCAACUAUUCACACUCACUCCUGUGUGCCAAUGUAUAGUACAUGUAUAUAGCAUUGAGUACAGAAAUAUUUAUUGAAAGUUAAAGGGUUCUGCUUUGUUUUUACAGUAUGUGCAGUGCCAGCUGGUCAAUAAGCUGCAGCAGACAAACCAUUGAAAACUGAUAACAUGACAACCUUUUUUUUUUCAUCCACAUUUUCAAUUUCAAGUAGAUUUCUACUUUUUAAAAAAAAACUUGAUAGAAUAGAAAUGACAUUGUUUUUUGCAAACAAUUAGAUGUAAAUAUACAUGCUCAAUUUUGAGAUGUUUUACUUUUUGUCAGAAAGCUGUCUUUUCACAGCUGUUUAGUAGAAGUUGUUAACAGAGCUGUUACAUCACAGCCACAUUUACUGACCAGACAAAUGCUUUAUUUUAACCAAUAAAACAUAAAUAGAGUAGUACCAGUAAACCAGUAAAGUUGUUUUUAUGCUGUUCGUAGUUGUCAGUAUUGUCUAACAAUUUUACAUUUUCCUCCCCAGUUCUUUUCACAUCUUUUACUUGCUGCCUAUAAAACAUUGCUGCUAAUGUUAUACAGAGCUUGUAAUGAUAAAUAGGAUAGUUGUAGAUGUUACAUUGACAAUCCCUGAGCCUCAGACAGAUAUACUGCAUAGGAUUCUCCAUGUACUGUAUUAAUACCCCUGUGCUAACCGUGCAUUGAAGUAUUACGAUUGUCAUGACUUGUCAGUCACUCGCUCUAUUUGCUUUUCUAUGUAUUUGUGUAGAUUGAAGUGUACACUACUGAUGCUGUUUGUUGUAAUGGGGAGCACAUAGUAAUAAAUGAUAUGAUUAACGA